GUAUCAGGAUUUUACCAUUUUUCAUUGCUAUAUAUUUCUCAUUGUUUCGAAUAUCAGAAAUGAAUUUAUAAAAAACAUCAAAAACUGGUUUACGCUUUUGAAUCCGGCAUCUAUAUAUAAAGAAACGUGCAGCUAACAGCACACAGUUGAUGAAUUGCAUAUCAGGAAUGUCAUGCAUGUCAGGAAUAUUAUGUACCGCUGCGGAUUGAAAAGUAGUCCAUAAAUCCGGUCAACAGCGACUGCAAGCGGGAUCCAGCUCAUCGUUACUAUCAAAGCCUAUAUAUACUUAUAUAUAUGGUUACUAUAAUCUCGUAGUGAAUAAGACUUCAGUAGUGAUAUAACAUAUAAUUAUUACCGGUACGUCUGCAACGCAACUGUGUUGCAACUCAACGCAGUGACUAGAUUAUUGGGCAUCGGUACAAGCAGGGGCUGUGAGUUCAGCUGCACAGCAUACCGAUACAUUCAUAAAAACUGAAAAUGGGUGAAGGAGAACCUUUUGUUGGAUUGGCGGACUUCCUCCUUCGUCAUGCAACUCCAGACGAUGCAUCCUAUCUAUCAUGUAGAAAAAUAUUCAUUGCUUAUCGAACCUAUAUAUCAAGGAAAAGACCUGAUAUUAUUGUAAGCAUGGAUUUUGCGAGGUUUUGUUCGUACCUUGAACAUUUGGCUCAACAAUUUCAAUACAAGAAAAGAGUGAUUGGAAAUCCACAUUCAACACUUUAUCGUAUAAGAUUUCGAUCUCUAAAGAAAUUACAAAAAAUUAAAAAGCAUAACAACCGCCAACAACAAGUUUUGAAGGUCCCAGUUUGCGAAAUCAAUGAAAAUAUUUGUUGCAAGUUGUGCUGUGGUUAUUUAGUCAAUGCAACAACUAUAAAAGAAUGUUUACAUGCAUUCUGCAGGAGUUGUAUUGUCCAUCACUUUCAAACAAGUCAAAGAUGUCCAGUAUGCGAUGUACUGCUUCAUGAGACAGAUCCACUUGCAUAUGUUAAGCAUGAUGUUUUACUACAAGAUAUUGUCUGCAAAUUAUUACCGGGACUUGACAGAAGUGAAAAAAAUCGAGAAGAUGAAUUCUAUGAAAAAUACCAUGCACAUCAAAAUAAUGACUUCUUGGAUCCACCUGAAAAACAUACGGUGGUUCCAAAAUCUGAUAUACAAUUUAAACCAAUUCAGUUUAUAUUGGAAUGGGUUGGUCUUAAACAUUGCAGUCUGAUGGCAGAACAAAUACCAGAAAAGUUUGUCAGAGUGUCAUCACAAGCAACUAUUGGACAUAUAUCGCAAUUUGUUCUCCAAAAGUUGAAGAAUAUUGACAGUGAUCUGAAACCAACUGUGCAAUGUGAUAUCAAAUGUGGUGGUGUUACCCUUCCAUCUAUUUUGACACUGGAACAGAUUGAAAGGCAUGGCUUAUGUUUUGAAACCGAGAAAGAUUGGUUGUUUCUGCAAUAUGAUAUCAAGCCACUUGAGGACUAGCUGAAAAGAAGUAUCGUAUCACUGUUUACUCUGCUAAAUGGAGAAUAGAAGGAUUUCAUCAAUCAUAUGCUGUAAUUUUGAAAUGUUCAUGACUGUUACAGCGCAUUUUAUUGCUACUUAUAUUGCCAAUGAUUUUUCAAUACAAUUUUGUAAUUCCUAUA